AUGGCGUGCCUUACACCUGGACUCCUCUCCAACCUUCUCGACAUCGCCGCCGGAAAAUCCUCUUCUUCUCCGCCGUUGUUAUCUUCUCACCGUUCCCCACUCCUCCAGGUGAUCGAGAUCGUUCCCUGUCUCUCCGACGACCAAUGGUGCAGCGAACGAUUCUUUCUCAAAGUCUCUGACUCUCUCCACGCCGCUUACGUCGCCGUUCCCGCCGGUGAAGACGCCGAUCUGAUACGUUCCGAUGAGAUUCAGUUAGGUCAGUUUGUUUACAUCUGCGGUGGUUUACACGUCGAGAAAGGUUGUCCUGUUCCUGUAAUCCGUGGGUUGAAACCUGUCCCGAAGCGACGGAUGUGCGUUGGAAACCCUAGCGAUCUCUUCUCUAGCGAUUUCUUGCUUAAUCUUACGAAGAAGAAGAAGAUGAAGAAUCUAAGUGAGAAUAGGAGGUUGAGCUUGGAUUCUGCGAGAAGGAGUUGUUGGGAUCACACUCCUCCGAUGACUCGCCGCCGUGACGCUGCAUUGAUUGCUUCUUCUCCACGUCUCAAACCUAAUUUUGUCUUGACUGAUAGGUAUCUACCAAAGAAUGAGUCCCCAUCAAAGCACCUUAACUGCGAAAAAACCCCUGUCCCAAGAAACAGAAAUGUGGCUAUGCCUGCAUCACCUAUAUCCAUGGCUAAUAAAUCUCCAAAAGAUGGUGUCAAGCCGUUGUCAAAGGCAGUGGCUCCUCCGGUUGCGCUUUUUAAGCUGCCUUCAAGUCACAGUACUUGGUCUGAUCAGAGAAUCUUAUGGACUGGACUCCCAAAAACCAUUCAAUUGCUCGGAAAGGAAGUUUCAUCACAUAGGAAAGUAGCAGUUUCGGCCGCAGUAAAUGCACUAGAGGAAGCAUCUGCCAUGGAGUCUGUUCUUCUCAGUUUGCAGUCCUUUGCCGAACUGUGUGAUUCUUCUAAAAAACUAUAUGCAGGACAAGUUGUGCGCCAGUUCUUGGACAUCUACCACAGUAUACAAAAUACAGGCAAAGCAAUCCAUCUUUUGCUUACUCAUAAUGGAAACAAUGGCUCGUGUAGAUCAACAGCUAAUAAAAAUGCAACAUCUUGGGUUCAAGAUGCAGUAGUGACCGGUUUUUCCGAAUUCAAUUUAUUCAAAGAGCCUGGAAAGCAAGAAGAUGAUGCUGCUCACAAAAACCAUCACCACUACAUUGUUCCACAGAAAUCUUCCGAGAAACUGAAUCUCAAGGAGACAACAAGUCCAAGAAACCAAGCUUACAAGGGUAUGAGACCGUAUUCAGCGAAACAUCGUUCUGUUUUAGACAGAAGUAACUUAGAAGGUAAAAACAGGUUGAAAGAGUCAGCGAGCCUAGCGGACGAGCUACUCCGAGUUUCCAGCCAAUGGUUUUUGAAAUACUUGGAGAACUCACUAAAGAAAGGUUCCUUGUCGGUGAAGAAAGAAGAAGCCAUUGGAAAAGAGUCUCUUCUUGUCCAUCUUAAAGCGGUAACUCGUUGGCUCGAUGGUCUGAUUUCAAACAAAACGGAAACCAACAGCGAGAAAGUCAAAGAUCUAAGAGAGAAGCUGCAACGGUUUCUACUUGAACAUAUCGAAUCUGCUAUCAGAGAAACUCGGUAACAUAAUCCUUUUUGGAUUCUUGAUUAAGUGAUUAAGUUGACAAAAACGUAACAAUUUAAUCAGAAAGAUUUGUAUACAGUAAGGAAUAAAAAACACAAGUCUUGUCAUUUGCGCAUUCCCAUUUGAUAC